UAAACUUUUGUCAUUAUUAUUUAUUUCUCUCACACUCUCUCUCUCUCUCUCUUUCAGUCUCUCUCUGAAAUCCAAUCAGAAAAUGCAGUUCAUGCUAAACCUUCAUGGAGUUCCACUAUGUCUCUCUGGAAUCACUAACCCUCUUUCUUUCUCUAAGGAAAUAGCAGAUCAUGACAGAAGGAGGAAGAAGAUGAAGAAGAAGCAGAGAUCAGUGGGUGUGCAUGGAAAGAUUGAACAAAAGGGUACCCUUAAUAUCAUCACAAACUUUCAAACCUCUUCUCUGAUCAUGGCUGAACAAUAUGGAGAUCUUGCUCAUAUCAUCCUUCAUGAUCUGUUCUGUACUCACCUUGGUUUCACAGCAAAAGCUGCAUAACCUUAAUUAUCUGUUCUUCACUCAGAUUAUUACCACUGUUGUUUCGGAAUUCUGUUAUGUAUCCCUGUUGGAUUGAUCUCGUGUUUUUUUAUUUGUGCUUCCAAAAAUGUUGAUUAUCAAACUACAACAUGUAUCAGAUAUGAAUUUGAUUUUUACCGGUAUGUCA